AGGACUGUUCUAAACCAAAGUCAUAUGAUUGUCGAAGGCGUAGCAAGUUAACAUUUGUACGUUUCUUAUUAAGUUAUCUUGGACAAAAGUAUAUAGAAACAUAUCAAUUUUUACACCCAAAAAUGAAGAUAUGUGGACCCAAAUACGCCCUGUGUGGCCUGAUAUUAUCUGUUUGGGGAAUAUUUCAACUACUCUUAAUGGGAAUAUUCUUCUAUGUCAAAAGUGUAGCUUUAAUAGAAGAUCUUCCAUUAGAAGGCGAGUUUGUUAAAGCUACAGACUUUUACGCUGCAGCAGACAGGGGUUAUAAACAAAAUGCAUAUAAUUGUUGGAUUGCAGCCUGCAUUUAUGUUUUUACAUUACUGUUUUCAGGACAUCAGUUUUAUAUAAAUUCAAGAUCAUCUUUGAGUGUUUGAAAGAAUAUUACUAGUGCAUUGUACAUCAAGUAAAGAUAUGUAUAAAUUUAUAAAGUAUUAUUGUAUGAUAGUCAAAAGAAAGACACGUUUAUGAAUAUUUUUAAUUAGAUUUAAAACUGUGUUGAAAGCUUCAAUAAUAAUCUUUGCAACAAUAGCAUUUGGCUUUACUGGGUUUUAAAAUAAGCAUUAGUUAACUUGAUUAAGUGUACAUUAUUUCAUAUUAUUAUAAAGAUGUAAAAAUAUAAAUAUACCUUAAAACCCUUA